AUGCAUAGCGCCCCCUACAGGCCUUUUGCAGAAGUGCUCCUUUAUCACACGCUAAACCAGCCCUGGACAAACCGCGGCUCGAUAGAAAUCAACUCCUCGACAAUCACUGCCGUUCUGCUCCCGUCGUACGCAUUAGUUAUGGCCACUCUCCGGCGCAGCUUGACGGCGCCACAUGUGAUCUUUGAGUGGGCCACCGCGGUCUCCAGGUGCAGCGCCGCAAACGCUCAUUACAAUCGCAAAGUGAAGUCGGAGAAGCAGGUAAACAGAAGGAACGCCUAUGGUUCGUACGUGGGCGAGAAACAGCAAUGUUUUAACAAGAUGGAAGCAGCGGGUUCCAAUCAGCGUGGUCAGAACAGAAGGUUUCUGAUCCAGACCUGA